UCGGCGGGCUGAGCCACCCCUCUCUCCCGCCCUCCUCCUUGCUUUCCCACCCCUCGGAGUGGAGCUGCACACGCGGCUGCUCCCUGCUCAGUCCCGCCCAGCCACAGUCGCUCAGGAACGGGUCCCUGCAGCCCUCGGCCGAUGGCAGGACGGUAGCUGCCUGUCAGAGGUCGUGAACGGCUGAGGCAGACGCAGCGGCUCACGGGCCUCAAAAAGUAGGUGUCUCCGGAGGCCAUGGGCUACCCCGAGGUGGAACGCAGGGAAUCCCUGCCCACAGCAGCGCCACGGGAGCGGGAGAGUCAGGGCUGCGGCUGUCGCGGGGCCCCUACCCGGGCGGGUGAAGGGAACAGCUGCCGGCUCUUCCUGGGAUUCUUUGGCCUCUCACUGGCCCUCCACCUGCUGACGUUGUGCUGCUACCUAGAGUUGCGCUCUGAGUUGCGGCGGGAACGGGGAGCGGAGUCGCGCCUAAGCGGCCCGGGCGCCCCUGGUACCUCUGGCACCCUGAGCAGCCCAGGUGGCCUUGACCCUGACGCUCCCAUCAUCCACCACCUUGGGCAACCGUCAACUCAGCAGCAGCCGUUGGAACCGGGAGAAGCCACACUCCCCCCUGACUCCCAGGACCAGCACCAGGCCUGUUUUCCUCAGGUCUUGGUAAGCCUGUGAACUGUCACCUAUGCUUACGUGAGUAAAUAGUUCCACUGGUAAUGUUUAACUGAUUUCUAGAAUAAUUAGAAAGUGAAAUAGAGAAGAGCCCUAAUCACGUUGUCACAGCCUCCCAGUUUCAUGCCUUACCUCUCAGAUGGUAUAAAAAGCUUUCUGUAAUACAGGGUGACCAUAAAGUUC